CGCACGUCCACGCAUGACGGGGCAAAGUCGCGUUGAUGUGAGAUGCGUGUGUAUCAUUCAUCAGCGAAUAUGCGAUGAUCACACUCUCCCUCAAUUGAUGCAUACACGUCGCCGGCGCCCUCGCCUGCAACAAGAUGCCCGACAGCGACCCGAAUUCACCGGCAGGCCCUUCUAAUCAACAACAACCAUCGCAGCCUUAUCAACCUGGCCCCAGCAAGACUAACAAGACCGACAUUGCCUUGCGCGUAGUAUCGUCAGAGGACAGCGGCUCACCACUGGUCUCUGGAGAACACGCCGCCCCAUCCGACGAUGCGCCGCAAUAUCGCCGGUACCGCCGCCGCUUCUUCGGCCUCGCCCAGCUUGUGCUCCUGAACAUCAUUGUCAGCUGGGACUGGCUGACCUUCGCCGCAAUAUCGACGACCGCAGCGGAGUUCUUCAGCGUCUCCGAAAGCGACAUCAACUGGCUAAGCACCGCUUUUCUUUUCGCUUUUGUCCCCGUUGCCCCGCUGGUCAUCUGGACUCUCAACAAAGGCGGGCCCAAACACUCGAUCCUCGUGGCGAGUGCUCUCGUUCUCGUGGGGAAUUGGAUUAGAUAUGGGGGCACGCGCGCCCAGCCGCCCAGGUUUGGGGUGGUCGUUUUCGGGCAGAUUUUAAUCGGCUUUGCCCAACCGUUUGUUCUUGCCGCUCCAACGAGAUACAGCAAUCUGUGGUUUUCCGACACCGGCCGUGUUUCUGCAACAGCUGUCGCGUCGCUGGCGAAUCCCUUGGGCGGGGCCCUCGGGCAGCUGAUUGGACCUAUCUGGGCAACGAAUCUAAAGGGCAUCCCGAACAUGGUGCUGUACACCUCGAUCCUAUCUACCGUGGCCACCCUCCCUGCCCCGUUCAUCCCCAAGUCACCGCCAACGCCUCCAUCUGCCAUCGCAGCGAGCGAGAAACUGGACCUUCGGGCAGCACUCCACGAUUUACCGAAGAAUGUUUCCUUCUAUCUUAUUCUGCUCCCCUUUUCUGUCUACGUGGGAUUCUUCAACGCAUCGGCUUCCCUGGUGAACCAAAUCCUUGGACCCUACGGAUUCUCUGAGACGGAUGCUGGGAUAGCGGGCGGGCUGCUCAUCAUCGUCGGGCUCAUUGCCGCGGCAGUGGUGAGUCCAAUCGUGGACAGAACUAAAAAGUACGCGCCCGUGAUCAAGGUUCUCGUUCCGAUCGUGGCAGUCUCUUACCUGGUGCUCAUCUUCAUGCCGGGUACGCGCACGCUCGCCGGACCAUACACUGUCUUCUCCAUCCUGGGCGCAUCGUCAUUCAGCCUUUUGCCGUGCGCCCUGGAGUACCUAGUGGUGGUCACGCAUCCUGUGUCACCUGAAAUCACGUCUACAAUCAACUGGACGCUCGGACAGCUGCUGGGAGCCAUCUUUAUUAUCAUCAUGGACGCACUGCGGGGUGGAUGGCCUGGUGCGCCGCCGAAUUCGAUUAUCCGCGGGCUCAUCUUCCAAGCCGUGAUUGCAUGGGUCGUGGUGCCAUUCCCCAUGUUCUUGGCGACUAGAUGGGUGAAACGGCAGCCUGUUGCGUUGAGCUAGAACUCUUGUUGAAGACUGGUUGGAAAGCGAGAUAGCCUUGGCAAUUAGCUAUGUACC